AUGGACAAGUCCAGCAACACCGACAAGAUGGUAGAACGUCCAGAACCCGAUGACCUUCAAGCCUUCCUACCCUGGGCCUGCGCCCAGCUGCAGCUGCCCAAGGAUGUGCUCAUUAUCAGGAACCUUCAGACAACUCUUCUAAAAUCCCUGUCUUUUACAGACGAAUACGUAAGCGCGGUAACCACCGACCGCGGCAAGUCCAAGGGCAAGUCGAAGCCGCGGCUGCCGUCCGUCGUGGACGACCAGGCGAAGGACGAGGCCAGCGUCAGUCAGGAGGAGACCGACCUCAUCCGCGUCCACGCUGUCUACGACUACGCCGACAACCUCGUCGGCCUCCGCUUCGACAAGAACACCAACCUCCCCCGCAUGCUCAUGCAGAUCCUCGGCCUCAUCAUCAAGUUCCAAAUCUACCUCACCAGCCUCACCAUCAACCAAGGACUUAACAAGUACGUCCUUUAUGAAAUCGUCAACUUCCUCCCCAAUUCUAGAAUCACUGAUAUCACCUUGGACAACUGCUUCUUAAGCGAAGGUACUUACUAUACGCUUCUCGAAAACACUUCUUCUUUAAGAAAUUUAUCUUUGUCUAGAUGCAGAAUUAACGACCAGAUUGUAGCUUUGAUAGCAGCUCAAUUAUAUCAUCCUAAACCUGGAUCUAGUACUCUUGUUGUUCUCAAUUUAUCCAGCAAUAGGAUUACAGAUGUCGGUGUGCGAAGUAUUAGAGAAGCAUUGAAGAUGAAUACAAAACUAGCGUAUUUGAAUCUGGCUGACAAUUUCAUUACCGACGAAGGAGCCGCGGCCAUCUUCAACAUUCUAUUAGAAUUCCCGUUAAAACCACAAGAAGUUAUGGACAUGAAAAGUAGACAUAUAGAUUAUUUACGAAACAAGCAAGCCGCGGUAAUACAGAUAGCGAAAGAUUUACGAGUAACGGAUAUGGUUAAAGGUAAAGUUAAGUCGACGCCACGUUUAAAAGCGAAAGGAAAAGACGAUAUAGCCAGUGAAAAAAGCGCCUGUUACUCGGACGCGUAUUUCUAUGAGAAGGCUAGAACUAUAGCGGAUAGUCUGACAACUUUUAAAGAUCCGUACAGUUCUGACAAUGUUACUUACCGGGACGAGGUCACUUAUUGUUUGGGGAACAACAUUUUAUAUCUACUAAACUUAUCGUACAACGGCUUGUCUUACCCGAGCGUGGUGAAGUUCCUGGAGGUGCUGGUGUACCAGAGAGACAUGGAGAGGAAGCCGCGAGGACUGCUGACCUGCAGGGUGGAGGGGAACCCGCUGCCCGUCGGGUGCAAGGAGAUGGUUCAGAUCGAGGAGAUGCUGGAGUACGCGCUCGCGGGCCCGGGCAAGCGGCCUACGGCGCCGAUUAAGAAGAAAGGGAAAUAA